AUGUCCAAUAAGCCUGUUGCUCUUAUCGUCGGCGCCUCUAGAGGCAUCGGUCGUCAAGUCGCCGUUGAUCUCGCCCGCAAUGGCUAUGCCGUCGUUGUCGCCGCAAAGACCAUCAGCGACCCUUCUAACUUACCAAAUCCUUUCCCUCCAAAUCCAAACUCGUCCGCUUCUACCAUCACUACUGUUGCUCGUGAGAUCACAUCUGCCGGAGGUGAUGCUACAGCUAUUCAAGUCGACGUUCGGUAUCCAGACAGUAUUGACUCUCUUAUAUCGCAGACCAUCUCUACCUACGGCCGUCUAGAUGUCCUCGUCUACAACUCAGGCGCCAUCUUCUGGGCCCCCGUCUCAUCUACACCCGUCAAACGCUUCCAGCUCAUGCAACGCGUCAACCCAGAGGGACUCUACGCAACAAUCCAAGCUACGCUCCCUCAUCUCCCUCCCAUGGGCCGAAUCGUUGUUGUAAGCCCACCCAUCUAUAGCCGCUUCUUCCGGGGCAAGACUGCAUAUGCCAUGGGUAAGAUUGGUAUGAGCGUCUUGACCAAAGGUCUAGCCAUGGACUUUGAGCGCGAAGGGAAGAAGAACAUGGCCAUCACGAGUAUAUGGCCAGCUGUUGCCAUCGAGUCUGCUGCUACAGAAAAGUUCACGCGCAAGAACCCAGAAGAAGCCAAUGACUUACGCAAAGCAACCGUCUUCUCCGACGCCAUUCUUGCAAUUCUCCAGGCUCCUCCCACCGCGGUAAAUGGCGAGCUUCUCCUGGAUGAAGAUUUCCUCCGUGAACACGCGGGCGUAAAAGAUUUUUCCAAAUACAACGUCAUCCCAGGCACUUCACCGCGGAGGAUCAUGCCACAGACUCUCCCAGACUUGACGGUGGCCGAGCAGGCAGACGAGGGCAAGAGAUACGACAGCACCAAGAGUAAAUCCAAGCUGUAA